AUGAUUCUACAGCAGACACUGAAGCAGAUAGCGGUGGGAGUAGCUGCACUGGCUUAUUUCCAAAGCGCAAAAGGAGAUGAAGAAAAAGAUAUGAGAACGAUAGAAAAGUAUUGGAUUAGUACAAAAAGCAAUAUAGAGAGAGAAACCACAAUUCGUAACGAUUUUUUUACAAAAAUUGAAAAGUUCAUAAGUAACUUAGUGCCUUCUGACAACACUUAUAGUAUUAUAGAAAAAGUAAAUGGAAGACUGCUCAAAACAGAAAACGACAGUAAGGCUCUUUACAAUAGCAUAGAGCUUGUGAAAGAUGGAAUAGUAAGACAUAUAGUUCUAAAGAAAACCAGCAAAUCUUACGAGGAAAUAAGUAACUCAGAAAAAGAGCUAGAGGGAUUAAUACUAAAGAGUCUUGAUGGGAUUGAUACAGUAACCAGAGGGUUAAAACAGUUUGACUUCUACAUGCUGAAUGUAAUAGAAUGGUUCAGUAAAAGAAAGGAUGGCGGUAAGAGCAAAGUUCGCGAGCUAAAGCUGUUUAAGCUGGCAGAGAAGAAUAAGUUUUUUAUUAUGGAUAUAAUAUACACCCUUUUUAGAGAAUGUUCGCACAAUAAUACAGGCAUUAUGACUACUGCUUUAAGCAGCAUGUACAAAGCCUUGGAAAAUCAGAGUUUCGUCAAAGAUUAUUUGCUAGAAUAUAUUAAUACUAUAAGUGAUGAUAUACGAAGAGGUGAAACAGAUCUUCUAGUGUUGGCAGAUAGACAUCUUCACAUACUAUUUGGUAUGUCUAAAGAUCCUGCAGAUGUAAAAAUAAUGGACAUGUAUUUAAGUCUUCUAGAUGAGAAAAUUGCUGAUCGUAAAAUAAAUGAGUACAGGAGCAUAACGCCAGAACAGGUUAUAAAGAUAAUAGUGCUGGAAAAUCUAGCAAGCGGACAGCUUAUGGACUACAGAAACAACACUCUAUUUUCAAACCUUGGGAAAGUGAUAGUAAACAUAGCAAGGCCCGCUCCUAAUAUUGAAGCCCUAAAGGAAGCCAGAGCACAGCAGAACAAAAUCCUCGAUGCUCUGUGUGUUUUGUGGAAUAAAUGUGAAGACAGCAACAGGCGUACUUAUCUCCAGGAAAUUAACCUCUUCUGUAAGAACAAUAACAUCGAAUAUGAUAGAUUUACAAAUACACAGCACAGGUUCAUGUCUAUUAGCUGGAUGCUUGUUAUUUCCAGACCAGUCUCAAGAACCAUAGCCAACGACCCUAAAAUAAUCAGCAAGAUGUACUAUGACAUUGUCUGCACCCACCCCAUGUACUAUAUCUACAUGCAGUGCGAAGAUGUUGACUACUUGGUCAGGUCAGAGCUGAGAGACAACAAGGAGCCGUUCAUGCAAAAUGAUUUAUACGAUGUUAUUGUACUCAGACUGUACAAAAUAAGUAAAAAAGACAGUGAUUUAGUAAAAGCAGAAAACAUGAAAAAUUGCAUCAGAGCAUGGUACUUCUCAAAACUGAAAGUCAUGUACAUAGAAGAAGAUGAAAUGUAUGAGCGCGUAGCCAGUGAUUUUAUCAAGUAUUUGCACAAAUCAUCGUGCAAGAAAGAAAUAAAACGAAAACCAAUAAGCUAA